GUUUAUGAAAAAGGCUACAGCUCCAGAGGUAUAAAUAGAACCAAGCCGCAGUUGUUGCUGUUGCUUAACGGACAAGUUAGUCCUAGUCAAAAAAAAAGCAGCACUAUGAUGUUAUUACAGUUUAGUUUGUUAUUUUUGCUUUUACAGUACUGCUUCGGAAAGCUGGAACCUUUCUUGGUUUCACUUAACUCUGAUGAAACCAUGGAAUCAUUUUAUGCUUAUGAUAUCAAGUUUCCCCCUACAGAAAGAGUUAGAGAUUUGAUUACGAACACCUAUUCAUUUGGCGACUUUAACGCAUUUUCCGGGAAUUUCCCUCCAGAAAUCGUGAAAAGAUUAGAAAGUUGUGAAUUAGUAGCUGAAAUUUCUCGCGAUGUUAAAUUUAAGGGAACAGUCCUUAAAACACAGGCAAAUGCACCGAGACAUUUGGCAAGAGUUAGUAGAAGGGCUCCCUUUGAUUUUGGACAGCAAUAUUCCUAUUUUUACAACAGCACAGCCCAAGGACAAGACGUGAACGUCUAUGUUAUUGAUUCUGGUGUUGCAACCAAACAUCCUCAAUUUGGUGGCAGAGCGAAGUUUGGCAAAGAUUUCACCGGUGAGGGAAGCGGCGAUUCUACUGGACAUGGCAGUCAUGUAGCUGGUGUUAUUGGUUCAAAAAAGUAUGGUAUUGCCAAGAAGUGUAAUAUAAUCAGUAUCAAGGUUUUGAACAGUGCCAAUGCCGGGGAAUUAAGCGUUGUGCUUGCCGCACUAGAAUAUGCCGCUAAACAUCGUAAAAGGACCGGCAAACCAGGAGUUGCAAAUUUAUCCAUUGGCGAGGAGUUCAGUGGUGUCAUAAAUAGGGCAAUUAGAAUGGCUAACAAUACAGGGUUGGUGGUUGUAGCUGCUGCUGGUAACGAUGGCACGGAUGCAUGUACAAAAAGUCCUGCAAGUUCACGCCAUGCGAUUACUGUCGGGGCGAUCAGUGAUGUUGAUGAUAGAGUAGCUUCAUUUUCUAAUUGGGGUAAAUGUGUUGACUUAUUUGCCAUUGGUACAAAUGUUGUAAGUGUUAAUUCUAAUGAUUUCAAUUCUCCACAAACUUUGGAAGGAACUUCAUUUUCGGCACCCGUUGUCUCUGGAUUGGUUGCAAAUUUGCUUAGCGAGGGGGUUCCACCUGAAAAAGUCAAACAAGUUUUACUAGCCAGAUCAACCAAAGGAAGAAUUCCCCUGGAUUCUUUGGCAGGUAAAAGUGGCACUCGUAAUAGAAUAGCACACAAUGGAGUCCUGGGAAAGGAAGCAGAGUCACAACAAGGAACACAAGGAAGCUUAAGAGACCCAUUUUCACUUUUUGGACUUUUUUAUAAAACCUGA